AUGCUCAUCUUGUACCAUGUCAGAAUGUGGCAUCUUGUAUGGCUCUGCGUGACCAUUGCCCAAGUGAUAGCAUCCUCAGAGAUUCGGGCCAAGCAGGAAACCUUGAGCGUUGGCAAGGCCAGUGGCAACUUUUCGCAUUACGAUGUCCUCAACUACACUGCCACUGAGCCAGGCCGGCCGGUAAAGCCGGGGACGAAGCUGCGUAUCCUCUGCGCUGGCGACUCGAUCACUUCUGGGUGGAAGAGCGAACAGGACGGUGGUGAUGGUGAUGGCUAUCGGCGUCAACUCCAGAAGGACUUGUCGGAGGAUGAAGUCGUCUUUGCGGGCACGGUUGAAGGGGGUACAAUGACGGACGGCUACUUUGCGGCCUGGCCGGGGAAGACGAUACAGGUCAUAAGUGACAGGAUCGGCCCUUCUCUUGAUCAGAGACCUAACAUCAUCCUCCUCCACGCCGGGACAAAUGACAUGAACUCGAGAUCUCGACUCACACAGGCGGAAACCCCAGCAGACGCGGCAGAGCGGCUGGGUAGGCUCAUCGACAAGAUGAUAAAGGCGUGCCCGGACGCAGUCAUCCUGGUCGCAGUCAUCGUCGGAACAUGCGAUACCACCAAGGUUGCAAAGACGCCAGAGUACCAGGCCCUGAUCCCGGGUGUCGUUCAGGAGCGGCGGCAGGCCGGCCACCACGUGCUGGCGGUGGACUUUUCCACGUAUCCUAUCCAAGACCUGCGAGACUGCGUGCACCCGACGAACGAGGGAUAUCGAUUGUUCGGCGAUUACUGGUACGACUUUGUUACGCAGAUACCGAGCAGCUGGAUCAAGGAGCCUGUUGGGGAUGAUCCGCAGCGCAGCGUGGCGGAUGGGACUCGGCGGAUCAGUAAGAAUGAUGUAUUGCGUACUGGGCUAUUCUGGGUAUUUUGCUGGAGUGUAACAGACAUGUUUCCAUGA